AUGAUAUAAUUUGAUAACUAUUAAACUCAUCGUCCUUCAAUAGCUAGAUAUGAGUAAAUGACUAGACCCAGCACAUCUUCAGCAUUUUCUCGAACAUUUCGAAAGACUUAACUUUUACGAAAGUUAGACAUCAUUUAAUAAACAAAGAAGUAGGAGUUGAUAAAAUUCAUGUGUUCAGCUACAAGAUCUCCUUUGAAUUGUUUUAACCGCAAUAAACGAUAAUAAUCAAUCUCUUGCUAAACAGAGGAAUCAAUGUCAAAUAGAAGAAGAACUUAACACAGUUGUAGAUAAUUAACAACUUCUGAUAGUAAUAAUCCAAGUUAUAGGGUGAAAAUAAAUAACUUUAAUGUAAAGGAAAGGAAAAAUAAAUAGAAAGACUCUUUGGAACGCUUUAAACUUAUUGAAAUAUAGGAUAAUGAUUUUUAAGAUUACAUGCAAAGGCAGAUUAGAAAAUAAUAUGAUUGA